AUGGUGCUCAUCAAUGAUUUUAUGAAAUCCGGGAUCCAUUUACCUCCGGAGAAGAAGAAACGGUUCGUCGAGCUGUGUAAUAGUAUCAAUGAUGCGGGCUUCAGAAAUAAAUUGCGAGGGAUGGAUCCUACGCUCCUGGAUAAGAUGCGUAGGUGGUCAGACAUUCAUAUCCCAAUCGAUAGCCCGAUGCCGGAUAUAGCCUUAAAAUCCGUCCACGACGAGAAUACCAGAAAACUAAUCUAUCUUACCUCUCGGAAAUCCUCAGACGCGCAACUUCAUCGUUUGACGCAGCUGUUAGAACUGAGAGCCGAGUUAGCCCAAUUGACAGGCUACCGAAGCUACGCUCAUAUGGCAAUGAGUGAUAAAAUGGCUAAAAGUCCAGAGGCUGUUAAUAAAUUUCUCUUGGCCUUGAAUUCUAACAACCGGGAACUCACCCAGAACGAGAUUGCGAAGCUGGAUGUGUUAAAAAUGCAGGAUUAUGCUAAGUUGCGAGAGGAAAAGCCGCCAUUUGCCCCCUGGGACCACGCAUAUUACGUUGAGAAAUACGCUGCGAUGAAUGACGUCUCGAGGAAAUCGCGGGCAAUCAGCCUAUUCAGCUCGUUUUUUUCAUUGGGGACAGUUAUGCAGGGAGUCUCUCGUCUCUUUACCAGACUCUACGGGGUCCGUCUCGUUCCAAAGGAAACGCCUCCUGGAGAGACAUGGAAUCCAGAUGUUCGACGCUUAGAUGUUGUAGACGAAUCCAAUAACCAUCUUGCAGUCAUUUAUUGUGAUCUCUUUACACGACCGGGCAAAAGCCCGAUUCCCACACACUUCACUCUACGAUGUUCUCGCGCAAUAUCGGCCGAGGAAAUUUCGGAAGCUGCAAUGUCAGCUGAUACACAUCCAAAUGACGGCAUGGCCACAGCUAUAAGGCCAGGAACAAAUACUCUCUAUCAGCUCCCGAUAAUCGCGUUGGUAUGCGACUUCAGCAACCCCUCGCUUGACGGGCGUGAACCUUCGCUGCUUUCGAAACACAGCGUCCAAACACUUUUCCAUGAAAUGGGUCACGCCAUCCACUCCGUGCUGGCCCGUACUGAUUUCCAAACCAUCGCUGGCACACGCUGCGCGACAGAUUUUGUCGAACUUCCUUCUGUCAUCAUGGAAAGCUUCGCCACGGCCCCUGAAGUGCUCUCGCUCUACGCCCGCCACUGGGAGACUGACCAGCCCCUCCCUGAAGACAUGAUCCAAACCAUGCGACUAAACCAAGAAAAUUAUGAAACUAUACAAGGUGCCAUGGACAAUGAAGCCCAGAUAAUGAUGGCCCUACUGGACCAAGCUUAUCAUGACUCCAGCCCUCUCCAGCCAGGUUUCGAUUCUACCCAAAUCUUCCAUAAUCUUUACUCUCAGCAUGCCACAAUCUUCGAUCCCAUCAACUCCCAGACAAGCUGGCAAGGUUACUUUGGCCACCUUUUCAAUUACGGCGCCAGUUACUAUAGCUAUCUGUUUGACCGUGCCAUCGCCAGCAAAAUAUGGUCUGAGACCUUCCAGGAAGGAAAACUAGCGACAGAUCGAGAGGCGGGAGAAAAAUUUAAAAAUGAAGUUUUGCGAUGGGGUGGAGGAAGGGAUGGGUGGCAGUGUGUCGCUGGUGUUUUGGGUGAUCAGCACCCAGCGAAUGCGAAUGGGAAGUUGUCCGAAGGUGGUGAAGAUGCCAUGCUUGAGGUCGGCCUUUGGGGCCUUGGACAGAAUCGGUCAGAGAUGUGA